AUGGCGGCCGAGCCGAGCGACAUGGCGGAGCUGCUCCUCUCCUCCUCCUCCUCCUCCUCCUCGGGCGGCGUCGCUGAGGAGGCGGCGGCGGCGGCGGCCGAGAGCGCCGCGUCGCCCAGCAUGGAGGCCGAGGCGUCGCUGUCGGGCGAAGGGGCCGAGAGCAUGUCGGAGCCCAGCCCGCAGAGCGCCAGCCAGGCCGGCGACGGCGACGACGAGGAGGAGGACGACGACGAGGACGACGGGGCGGCCAGCAGCGCCGGCUCCUCCAGCGGCUGCUGCAGCGACGAGUCGCGCUCGCUCAGCCCCGGCGGCAGCGAGGCCGACGCCAAGGGCGAGGCCGGCGGCGGCAGUGGCAGUGGGGGCGGCGGGGCCGGGCCUGGCAGCGCCGGCGGCGGAGGCGGGAUGGGAGGAGCGGCCGGCGGCGGCCAGGGCGGCAGCAAGAGCGGCGGCGGCGGGUCCUCCGGCGGCGGCACCGGCGACGAAGGCUACGCCACUGGCGGCGGGCGAGGCGGCGGCAGCACUUGCAGCGGCUCGUCGGGCGGCAGCCGGGGCAGCUUGGAGCUCUCCUCGGACGGGGAGCCGCUCAGCCGCAUGGAUUCCGAGGACAGCAUAAGCAGUACCAUCAUGGAUGCAGACAGUACAAUUUCCAGCGGCCGUUCUACUCCAGUCAUGAUGAACGGGCAAGGAGUUACUGCUUCGUCAGCAAAAAGUAUUGCUUAUAACUGCUGCUGGGACCAGUGCCACGCUUGCUUCAACUCCAGCCCGGAUCUGGCGGACCACAUUCGCUCGAUACAUGUAGAUGGCCAGCAAGGAGGGGUUUUCGUUUGCUUAUGGAAAGGCUGCAAAGUUUACAACACACCAUCAACAAGUCAGAGCUGGUUGCAGCGGCACAUGCUGACCCACAGUGGUGACAAACCGUUCAAGUGCGUCGUUGGAGGGUGCAACGCAAGUUUUGCGUCUCAGAGCGGGCUGGCUCGCCACGUGCCGACGCACUUCAGCCAGCAGAAUUCUUCAAAGGUUUCCAAUCAGCCAAAGGGGAAAGAAGAAUCUCCUUCAAAAGCUGGGAUGAACAAAAGAAGGAAGUUAAAGAACAAACGGAGGCGCUCAUUACCAAGACCACAUGAUUUCUUUGACACUCAAACCCUGGACGCCAUACGGCAUCGAGCCAUCUGCUUUAACCUCUCCGCUCACAUAGAAAGUUUAGGAAAAGGCCACAGUGUCGUAUUUCACAGUACCGUAAUAGCAAAGAGAAAAGAGGAAUCUGGAAAAAUAAAGCUUCUGCUUCACUGGACGCCGGAGGACAUUCUGCCUGAUGUGUGGGUAAAUGAAAGUGAGCGACAUCAAUUAAAAACUAAAGUAGUUCAUUUAUCAAAACUACCAAAAGAUACUGCCUUGCUUCUGGACCCAAACAUAUACAGAAAGUCUAGUAAAGGAGGUACACACAGUGGAAUCCUGAAAGAUCACUUCUGUUAAGAUCACA